CACGAGGCACGAUUUUUACUGCGAGAACCACGUGGUCUAAAAUUAUUCGCAGGGGUGACCCAGUUCAUCACCAGUAUAACACGCAACCUACAUUUUUUGAAGGAUAAGUGUGUAAGGUCAGUGACUUUAUGCUCGUGACCACUGGUAUUUCGUUAUCGUUUAUCGUAAUGAAAUUGUAAAAGUUUAGGUAGGACAUCUCAUACCUCUCUUUCAGCAGCAAACUAUCAGUACUCACUGCUUGAAAAAAAAUGGCGGCUAUACCCGUAGUAGAUUUGGCGCCAUAUUCUUUGUCUGUGCCAGUACAAGAAGUGGACCCCAAAGCUCUCCAGGAGCUCGGAGAUGAACUUUGUAAGGCUUUUACCACGUUCGGAUUCGUGUAUCUGAAAAACCAUGGAAUACCUCAAAACAUUGUAGAAGAGGUCUUUACCACAUCAAAAACUUUCUUUGAGAAACCAGUGGAUGUAAAACAGGAAUACGCUCGACCAGCCGAUUCGAAUCAAGGAUGGGUGUCUUUGGAAAGAGAAAAGUUAAAUCCAGAGCGGCCAGCCGCUGAUUUGAAAGAAGCGUACAAUAUGACUGUAGUUGAUGACCAACAUUUGUUGCCCGUAGACAUUAUUCCAAACUUCUACGAUGUAUUCAAGUCUUUGUUUACCAGUGCUCAGGAAUUAGGAAACAGAAUCCUGGAUUUAAUGUCGAUUGGUCUUAACAUUGAUAGAAGUUUCCUCCGAGACUGUCACAAGAAUGUUGGCAAAAAAGUAAACCAAACCACAUUACGGUCUUUGUACUAUCCACGAAUAUCAAAAGGUAUGAUAAUCCAACAUCAUUGCCUACCAAUAUCAAUAGGUACAAUAAUCCAACCUUUAUCCACAGUUAUUAAAAGGUAUGAUAAUCCAACAACAUUAUACUCCGAUAUCAAAAGGUAUGGUAAUUCAUCAUCAUUGUACAAUGUAUUAAAAUCCAACAUCAUUCUUCACUGAUUUCAAAAGAUAUGAUAAUCCAACAGCAUGGUACUUUAAUAUCAAAAGGUAUUGUAAUUCAACAUCAUUAUACAAGGUAUGAUAAUCCAACAACACUAUUUACUAUUAUCAGAAAGUAUGAUAAUCCAAGAUCAAUUGUAAAUGGAAUAUCACAGAG